AUGAACCAGACAUCGCCUUCUUCCAUUGCUGUCGAUACAAUAUAUCCCGCGAAUUCGAUCGAAAAACGGCUCGAGCGCCUCAGAGACGAAGUCCUUCCUUUCUAUCCUUUCAUCCUCACCGUACCAACCGAUGUGCCGUUUCGUCUAGGCGGCCGCUUUGUCAACAAUUGGGCAGUUGGAAAAGACGGGCCCUUUGCCCCGGAAGAACAGCAGCUUCAGUAUAUGACGUUCCUCACACAUCACGAAGGAGAUUCUUUACUUCUCGCAGUCGGAGACUGGUCAGAUGGAACGGGUAGCAUCAUGGCCGACCAUCGUCAGUCAGAGUCCCCAGAUGGCGUGAACACGCCGAAAGGUGACACGGUAAAGAAGAAAAUUAGCCUUACCGACUAUAAGAACAAGACGAAACCCAGUCCUUCUGCUGGCCCUUCAUAUAGAGACACUUCGAAGUCAAGUGCUUUGAAGCCCCAAAAACACCAAGGCCAACAGCGUACCAGCAAAGCUGAGCCUUUACAGCAUGAGAAAAACAACAUGAAAAGCACCCCAAAUAUGCGACCUCAAGAACGGCCAAUUGACGACAGAAGUGGAAGAAAGCGUCUGCCUGAUAAUGAAUCAGAUCAGUCUGAAUUGCAGGGACUGAGAAACUCUGAUUGGGAUUCACAUAAAAAACCACGACUAUCUGUUAAACAGACUGGGAACAAAGGAUCAAAUCGUGCAAAGAGCAAUGCAAAUAGUCUACCGGUUCUUCUUUCGCCUACUCUCCCACCAACUUCUGUCACACCUAAACUUCCACGUCUCUUAUCACCCACACUUCCGCCGGACAUCGAGGAAGAGCUAGUCAGGCUGCGGAAUGAUUCGCCUAACCAGGAUUUAAAGAGAACGCCAUCUGUUAUAUCCAAUGCCUCGAAAGAUGAGACAACAAAGAUACACCCAACUGAAAGAAAUAAAACCCAUUCUGCUACUUUAGGUCGAAAUGUAUCAAGCAAGCCGACAGAUUUCGCAGCUAGAAAUACGUCACUCAGAGUCGUGCCGACAAACAGUAGCUCCCGUGACCCAUCGCGAGGUGAGGUUCUAUUGUUAAUAUCCAAGCAUGAUUCUCAGUCCACGCCAAUGGCCGGGACCCCCCGAGUGGAUGAUUUGCCACUUGAAUCGAAAAUAGCAAGCCUUCCAGUCACUAAACCCCAGUUCAUCGUGAAAUUGAAAUAUGGGCGAUCAAACCGGAAACGAGUGGAGGCUCUUCUCAAAUUCUCCGGGAAAAAGAAACUGGCUUUGGGGAUGAAUUCCAGUGCUCAAGAUAUUCCUUUCAAGAAAGAAGACCGGACUCUUCACUCUACAAAGCUAGGCCCAGAACGCGUCCCGCCUCCGUCAUCUCGAACCGAGAAGAUGUCCAGGCAGGGGAACCCUAGCACAGCCAAUGAUUCAAGCAGCGAGCCUUCAAGAGGGGCGAAAAGCGUUAUUGUCAAGUCCGAUACACCCCUUGCCCGUGGUGCGUCAUCCACAAGCACACAACACCCACAGGAAAAGAUAAAACGUCCUGAGGGCACAUCGCAUAAGGACCAGAGAGAAAGCUAUGCUCGUCGGACUCGCCCCGGUGACAAUAGCGAAGAGAGCAAAAACACACUGCAAGCCACUAAAGCCAAUACUGGGGGUUCAGAAAGAGCCCCAAAGCUGUCGCCUUCACAGUCCGAUAGCCAGUCAGUCCGGGCAAAGAGCAAUGACCGAAGAGCCUGGCGUGACGAAUACCAGAGGCUUGGAAAUCUGGGUCGAGAACUGAAGCACACAGCAGAACGACAGAGAGCCAAAGAGGCCGGUACUGUGACGGACGACAAGCUGGCCACCGUAACUGCUAUUGAAGCCAUUCUUUGUUUUACGCUCGCUUUUGUUGCAGAUGAUCGAUCCAAGCAACUAGCUCGUCAAACCGGCGACUCUUCGACCUGGCUAUCCAUUCUAGCUUAUUGGAGAGUAGUCAAGAAGAGCAGUUCCGCUUACCCACAGCUGCAUAGCCUGUGUCUGCUCCUUGGUGCGGUAUCAUACGAUGCUAUCCAUGCUCUAGACCUGGAGCGUCUUGCGGCCAGUUCUUUGCCGGGUGAUCUUGCUGUUGCUCCCACGCCAGGCAGUGAUGGAAGCACAGUUAUUUCCGAGGAAACGAGGCGGGCUCGGAUGGAAUUCAUUGACUUGAAAACACGACUUCUGGAUUGUUAUAAAGAAAGCCAGAGGCUGUGGAUCGAGGGAACCUGUGGACUCUCAGAAGAUAUCAUAUCCCAUGAAUUCCCCAUCACUUGGUCCAAGAGGUCCAAGAACUACUCGGAGCGCGGGAAUCAACAUUUUGGGGUCGCCGAAUAUGCAGGAGACUAUUUUCUUCCCUUUGGAAAAACGACUGCACCCAUCGAAGUUGUCCGUUUCUGCUGGACUCUCGUCAACGAAUGGUGCAGGAAAGAGAAUGUGACUUGGAAUAGUAGACUGGGUCUAUAA